AUGGCGGAGGAGGACGAGGCGCUGCUGGAGCACGUGCGCACGCACGGGCCGUGCGACUGGAGCUCCAUUCGAUCCAAAGGCAUCCUGCCGCGCACCGGCAAGUCCUGCCGCCUCCGCUGGGUCAACAAGCUCCGGCCGAACCUCAAGUCUGGAUGCAAGUUUUCUGCGGAGGAAGAGCGAGUGGUGAUCGAGCUGCAGGCGCAGUUCGGGAAUAAGUGGGCGAGGAUCGCCACCUACCUGCCGGGCAGGACGGACAACGACGUCAAGAACUUCUGGAGCACUAGACAGAAGCGGCUCGCCAGGCUCCUGCGCGCGCCCCUCCGCGGUCGAUCCAGCAGGAGCAGCAACGCCAAAGCGCCCGCGUCCUCUUUGGAUCCCUCCGUGACGGAAAAUCUGCAGUGUCAUCAGGGCUCUUGCCAUGAUCAUGUCUCAUUCCUGGGCACCUCUUCCAGUGGCCAUUGCUGGGCGUCUGCACCGCUCAUGGAAUACCAAGUCGCCGCAGGGAUCCCACAUGACCAGGAAAGCUCUGCAUUCUUCAGCUUCGAGGGUCCAUUGCCGCUUCAGGCGGUACCACAGCUACCUCUUUCUGACGGCGAGGCGAGCUCAUCGAAUGCAGCCCUGUUUGCGCCAGAGCUGCCGUUUGAUCAGCCCCCGUACCAUCUGCUCGACUUCCCAGGCUUGUCGGAGAGAUGCAACAUCGGCCCUGGGUUCGUCGGAGCAAGCGCUAUGGAUGAUCUCGCGUACCAGGAGCUGCUCCCAAUUGUGCAGCCGGCUCCGACUCCGAUGAUGCUGCCGUUCUUCGGGAUGGAGUGUGGGCGCGAUGCUGUCAAGAUUGAGACUCGGGAUGACUUCUUCGACGACCUCCCGCCGGACAUGUUCGACUCUCUUGAUCAGCCGCCACCGCCAUUGUCGCCGUCGGCGACGAACUAGAUCUGAACUGUGAGGUUGACUGUUGGAUGCACGACUGCCGUGAUUCUUCUGGUUCUAAUUUGCCUUUCUGUUCUGGUAUAGCUGACUAGUAUUUAGCUGUUGCUGAAAAUUGUAGCUUAGCCUAAGUCGCAGCAAACUUACUGAACCCUGCAGUGCUUAAGAUUUUAGAUCUUGUGCUAAAAGAGUUGCCAAGUGGAUGCAAUCAAUAUGGUGUAUUAGUGUACAAAUGUGUUUAUAAAUCUACAAGUCUGCGAAAAUGUGAUGCAGAUCAUGAUCUA